UCUGUUUUCCCCGAAGUUUGGUUAGGGUCGUUAAGGUUUCACCAGACGCGUCUUGUGAAAAGAAUUUUGAAAAUAAAUUCUCUGUGGCAAGGCGGGCUUAAAGGACUUCUUUCGUCGUUGAUAUUACAUGCAAAGUAUGGUGUACCUACAUUUUCCGUCAAACCUAACGGAGGAAGAGUUGAUGCUGCAAACAAAAUUCAGCAAACUCAAAAGAAAGAAAAAAGCGCUGCAAGAUCUGAAGGCUCCUAAACAAGAAGUGGAACGCAUUCCUCAGACGCCAAAACGACCUACGGAAGCGAGAGACGCUCGCGAAGUAGCCAAGAAAUUGAUCAAAUCUGGUGUAAUCACAGCUCCGAAGACUCCUAAGCGGCCAGAACAAACCUUCAAAAGAUCUCGCGGACUGGAAAGGAAGUUAAACAGUACAGAAAAGACGAUUAGCUCUUACCAACCAUUUUCAGCAACACAGGAGGAGGAAGAAACAGAGGCAGCGAGGCCAAGAGUGAAGGAUUUAUACAAUAGCUUUGUCGGCGCUCAAGACACAGGGGAAAGAAACACUGGUGAUACUCAAUCUCCUGCUAAACAAGAAGUUAAGCCACGUGCAGGAAAUACAAUAUUCGUGUCUGGUUAUAAGAUAACAGAGGAUUAUUUAAAAAAGCACUUCCAGAGCUUUGGAAAUAUAGUCAAUAUUUCCAUGGAAGUUGAAAAAAACCAUGGCUUUAUCACUUUUGAAAAAGCUGAAGCAGCAGAGAGAGCCAUAAGCGAAAUGGACGGUAGUAUGGUCUCAUCCAUCCAAUUGAAAGUAUCGUUAGCGAGAAGGCAGCCGAUAAUAGAACCAGUCAGCGACACUAUGUCUAGCUCUAUGUGGUCACCGAUAGCGGCCAAUUAUUCACAGAAAAGUGCACAUAAAGAUAGGCGAGAGCUUAAAGUAUAUGAAGAGGAUCUCUUCCAUUAAAACCUCAGGUAUUUUCAUUGUACCAUAACUUUUGAAAUGCCAAAAUUGUAUAAACAAUGUAUAUAAUACCGAUAUUUAUAACCUAUACCUACAAUUUAUUUUGUUACAUCCAUAUUUUUUAUAUUGUCCUCUUCCACAUCUCAUUAUCCAUCAUAUAUUUGCCAACAAAUUCAUAUACUAAAUAUCUAUGUAUUCGCUAUCUAGUAACUGAUUUAUUAUUACAUAAUUAUAACAAAAUUCAUAAUAGUAUAGAAAUAUGCAUCUAUAUAUGUACCAGAAAAAUAUUAUACAGUCGAACCUCGUUAAUCAGUUAAACUAUAAUCUUUAAUUCUUUUUUUGUAUUUUCUCAUUAGUAAUUACUAAUUUUGAUUAGUAGAAUGUCUUUAUUAAUGAUAUUUUAUUAAGUGGUAAUUAUUAUCCAUAUUGGUUUAUCUAUAUGGAUAUCAUUAUUUCUAUUAUUUAGACUUUUACUAGCGAUUCUUUUAAUUGGAAAAAAUGGGAGAUUGUACCACUGUAUCCUUUUCUCUUAUCAGUUUUUUUGAAAAGUUAUAAAAUCAUUGUUGUAAAAAAGAGCAGAAUUAAGUAUUAAUAAUUAUAUUAAAAAUACUUAUUAAAACUUUUGAAUGCACAUUAUUCUCUACAUAAAAAAACGAGUUCUAUCUACUAUUAGAAAAAAUUAAAAGAGAUUGUUCUCUGGCAAAUUAAGACAUCACAAAGGUUCGAUUAAAUAAUAUUUUUUCUUAAAUAUAAGUUAUUGUGUGAUGUAUGUGUAUAUAACACAUAAAAUUAUCCGAAUUAUUAUAAAUAGUGUUCUUUAAAUAUAUUAAAGUUUAUAAUUGUAUAUUUG